AUGGCAGCAGCAUCAGGCCUCAUUGGAGUCCUCUGGGCGGUCUCUUCGCUACUCCUCGAAGUAGUCCUGUUCUGGAUCAAAAAAUUCGGUAGCUGGUGGAAGUCGAGGAAUAUACUCGACGACUGGCUUGAUGCCUUGCGCAACGCCGAGAGCUACGAGGACUGGGAACAUGCGGCACUUCACCUGGACAAUAUCAAGCAGUUGAAUCUAUGGCGAAACGACGUCACCUCCAGCUCCUAUGACUGGACACUAAUCCACCGCCGUCUCGAGUCUCUCAAUAUUGCCCGCGAGGACCGAGAUUUGCAGACACUGAUCGAUCUCGUCCGAGCUGGACUUGUCCGCAACCUCGGCAACAUAACGUCUCCCAAGCUCUACAAUCGAUCAUUUGCCGGCACCAAGUACCUGAUUGAAGAAUACAUUGCCCAGGUCGUAGUGGCCAUUGAGGAUAUCAAUGCGCAAACGGCUUCUAAUGCCGCUCCCGUGGUCGAAACCAGCGGAGGCCCCCAGCCAAGCAUAUCUGCACAGCGCAAGUUGAACUUUUUGCACGAUUCCAGGCAAGCAUUUGGUCGGACAACAUUGGUUCUUCAGGGCGGUGCCAUUUUUGGACUCUGCCACCUGGGUGUGGUCAAGGCUCUGUUCUUCCGUGGACUUCUCCCUCGCAUCAUUACAGGUACGGCCACGGGGGCGCUGAUUGCCAGUCUGGUCGCCAUUCAUACCGAGGAUGAACUGCCUCGUAUCCUGACGGGAGAAGGCAUUGACCUUUCAGCCUUUGAAGCGCACGCUCACCGCGGACAGCAAACCGGGAAGCAGACGGUCGAGUAUGGCUGGGAGACAUUGUUACGCCGCUUUCGUCGUUUUUGGAAAGAAGGCUACUUUCUCGAUGUCAAGGUUCUCGAGGAUUGCGUCAAGGCCAAUGUCGGAAACCUGACGUUUGAGGAAGCUUUCAAUCGCAGCAAGAGAAUUUUGAACAUCACUGUCGCCACGGAAGGCCGCGGUGGACUUCCCUCCUUGUUGAAUUAUAUCACGGCCCCUAAUGUGUUGAUAUGGACAGCUGCUGUCGCGUCCAAUGCAUCGACGCCCUCGCUCUAUGGGAGCCGGGGAACGACUGUCCUCUGCAAAGAUGCCGAUGGAAAUAUUGUCCCCUGGGCGCCAGCACACACAUUCCGCCACUACACCUCGGCUUCUGCCACGGAGAGUAAAGAUAGCAAGAGUCCUUUAGCUCGCAUUGCUCAAUUGUUCAACGUGAACCAUUUCAUAGUCUCACAAGCCAGACCCUAUCUGAUUCCUUUCCUGGAGUCGGACAUGCACGGUCCGUCGCUAUUCGCAGCACGACAUCGACGCGCUCAAAUCACGGGCAACAUUAUCCGCAUGGUUGGAUUAGAGACCCGACACCGGCUCAGACAAUUAGAUACUCUAGGCUUGCUCCCGGCUGGGAUUAGGCGAUUUCUCGUUGAUGAGGAGAUUCCAGGUGCUCACAUGACAUUUGUGCCCAAGGUUACUGCGUCGGAUUUUGUACGCUUGCUCGAAACGCCAACUCGCGAGACCCUCGACUACUGGAUCCUCCGCGGUGAGCGCAGCGUCUGGCCUGCCAUUUGUGCUCUACGCAUUCGUUGUGUCAUUGAGUUCGAGAUUGAGCGGACAUAUCAACAGGUUCGUUCGCUCAAGGCGGGCGGUCUGCGGAGAAAGGCCAGCAUCAAUGCCGGGGCAGAAAUAUCCGAAGACAAUCAACUGCCGCUCCCCGACGAGCCAAUGCACCCACCAUAUGACAGGCAGCGCGCGGCGAGUAUCGCACCGAGCCUCGUGCCAGGUGCUGGUUAG